UAUCAGAAAUCUGAUCUCACCAAUCAUAUAAGGAAACACACUGGAGAGAGACCCUACAGCUGUGAUUUCUGUGAUUACAAAGCAAUAAAAAAAUCAAAUCUCACCCAACAUUCAAGGAUUCACACUGCAGAGAGGCCCUUCAGCUGUGAUUUUUGUGACUACAAGGCAACAGAGAAAUCAGCUCUAACCCAACAUUUGAGGACUCACACUGAUGAAAGACCCUACAGCUGUGAUUUCUGUGACUACAAAGCUAAUCGGAAAUCUAAUCUCACCAAACAUAUAAGGAUUCACACUGGUGAAAAACCCUAUACCUGUGAUUUUUGUGACUACAGAGCAACAGAGAAAUCAUCUCUCACCAAACAUUUAAGGAUUCACACUGGAGAGAGACCAUUCAGCUGUGAUUUUUGUGACUACAAAGCAACAGCGAAAUCACAUCUCACCAUACAUAUAAAGACUCACACUGUAGAGAAACCCUUCAGCUGUGAUCUCUGUGAUUAUAAAUCAAUACAAAAAUCAAAUCUCACCCAACAUAUAAGGACUCACACUGGAGAGAGACCCUUCAGAUGUGAUUUCUGUGACUACAAAUCAACACAUAAAUCAGCUCUCAACAGACAUCUGAGGACGCACACUAAAGAAAGACCCUAGAGCUGUGAUUUCUAUGACUACAAAACAAAUCUAA